CCCCUCUUCCUCUGUUUCUUCCCCACCUCCUCUUCCUCUCUCUCUCUCUCUCUGUUUCAUCUUCAAAAAUGUGAAGCAAGACACAGAGGAAGCUCUUCACUGACUGCAAAGGCUGACUUCUGCACUCAUUUCAUGUUUCAUCUCUCAGUGUUGCUCUUCUUUUUUCAUCUCUGCCGCUGUAAAACACCAACUAAAGUUUAUUUCUUUCAAAGGAUUUAAAAACGUUUAGUAGAAGCCCUGAAGAGAGGGGCAGAAAUUUCAAGUGAAUUAUACUCAAAGGGGGUUUGUGUUUCAUUUUUUUUUUUUUGUUCUUUACCUUUUCUUGCAAGAUGGAACUAUUUCAGAAGUGGUGUCUCCUCCUCCUUUUUCUGGAACAAGUGAUCGCAAGUGAAGAUGACAAAUGGAUCGUGAAAAAUUCCACUGCUAAAGCAUCACCCUCAAAUUGCAAAAAUAUAACGAUAAAGGUUCCUGAUCCGUAUCUUAAUGUCAGACUGGUCGAGAAGAACUCAUCUUGCUCUGGGACACUGCAGGUGCUACAGAACAAGAACUGGAAGUCAGCCUGUACUGAGCAACUAAAUGGAAGUCAGUUAAAACGGUUGUGCUUGGAACUCGGAUGUGAAGAGCCUUGGCAGUAUAAUGGGGAACCAGACCAAAAAGACAUUCCGCACAAAUCUGAAAAUGAAAUGCAGGAUCUGAAUGUCACUCUUCAGUCAUGCACUGACCCAAAGGCCAGUUGGUUGGCAUGUAAAGACCCUUCUUUUCAGCUGCCUGUUCGUCUAACUGGUGGAAAAGACUCCUGCUCUGGAAAGGUCGAGGUGCACGUGUGGCAGCAGUGGAAACCUCUGUGUGAAAAGGGCAUGACAAAGGACACUGCAGAGCAGAUCUGCAAACAAGCACACUGCAGUGGAGUCCUGAAAUUCAGCGAAAGCAAACAAGUGGACUCUUCGGCCGUUCACUGUCCCCUUCAUAGUCGUGACCUCUUCCAGUGCCAGGGACUUCUCCAGGAAACAGAAUGCACCACCGUCAAUGUGACUUGUGAAGGAUCAAAACCAAGAUUGGUUUAUAGGCUGGCCAAUGGUCCCAGUGAAUGUGUCGGCAAAGUUAUGGUUUACCACCAGAAUAAAUGGGAAAAGGUUUGCAAUGACAGCAAGCUCUCUGCUAACGACAUCUGCCGGAGUCUUAACUGUGGUGGAAUCAAGGAAAUUCAAAAUGCUCCACCAUCUAAACGUAAACAGCAAGGAAUGUACUGCAGUAUAAGUAAUACGAACCUAGAUGACUGCUUCCACUCUCUAACUACUAAAGAUUGCUCCAUGGACUGGAUCAUCUGCACUGGAUACAAGGAGCCCAACCACACAGGUCAGACGGUAUGGAAUGUGUUCAGUGGGAUACUAGCUGUCAUGCUUCUGGUUGUCCUUUUAGUGAAGUUUGGUCCAUUGCUGUGGCAGAAGAUAUAUAAAAAAGUGUUCAGAAAAAAGGAAAGGCAGUGGAUUGGACCCACGCAGAGUCAAAGCGUGUCUUUUCACCGCAAUCAACAUGCUCUGCAGCCAAGUCCCAGACUGGCGGACAGCAACAGUGACAAUGACUACACAUCCACACCAUCGAAACGACAGUCUGGAACCUAUCCAGCUCUGGAGCGGGCUUUGGUCAAUCUGAACACUGGGGCUUCCUCUGCUCGGAACAGUGGGUACGACUACGAGCCACGGGCAUGUUGAUUUUUUUCAGUUACUGACUGCCAGAAGGGCUCAAAAAAGAUGAAAUAGAAAGGUCCAUCAUAGAAGCUGACUACAAUUAUGUCGGAGGAUAACAAGACCAGUUUAUCUGUACAGAAAAAUCAGAGUUUGGAUUGCCAAUCAAGUCAGCAGUUGUGGAAUAUGAGUCGUCUCUUAUCUACUGGGGAAAGUCCAUCCAGUGUUGAGAAGAAGAUCAGUCAGGAACCAGGACCUAUUCCAAAUGGACUUUCUGCUCAACACGAUAUGGCGUGCCUGACUUCAUACUGUAAAUUGUUUUUACUUUUGAACUGAAUUAGCAUUUAUUAAGGAUAAACACACAUAAAACUGCCAUAUGAAUGAAAGAAACAAUUAUCUGGCUUCCAGAUUUCCAUUGUGCCUGACUCUGGUCCUCGUGGUGCCACAUAGUUCUGGGUGCCACUUUCUCCAAUGAAUGCCAGUCACGUGAAGUACAAAGAAUGUGGAAUAGCAGAUAAAAUGUUGUGCCAAGAAAUCUGCACAGCUGGGCGUCUAAGGAACAGAAACCCCAAGCCACCAAAAUAAAUAAAUGAUAUAUAUAUAUAUAUAGCUUUAAUUUAAAAUAAUGCUACAAAAAUGUACAGAGUAUCCCUGAAAGGCAUGGGACUUCAAAAAUGAAUGAAUAAACACAGCAGUCCUGCAGAUUAAUGUAAGCUUAUUACAAAAGAACACUGAAUGUGAAUGUGUGAAGGACCAAUAAAUAAACCUCAGCUAGAGACAA